AUGAAAAAAACGGGGCUGGAGGAACUGGCACCGCCAGCGCCGGCGGGCCCCGCCGCCACGCCGGUUUGCGUCAAGCAGGAGCCACCGGACGCGCCGCCUGCGCUCACUCUCGAAAACCUGGAGCCUGCGCUCACCGCCAGCGCCACGAAGGCUGGAGAACGUAGAGCUCGCUCCACCGCAAGUGCCACGGUAAGAACCAUGACGUCACACAGGUGGGAGGGAAAAACCAGUGCCUCUAAGCAGGAGCCGCCGGACGCGCCGCCCGCGUUGCUCACCCUGGAGAACCUGGAGCCUGCGCUCUCCGCCAGCGCCACGGGCUCAACGUUGCUGGACAGACACAUGGCGCUGCUUAACCACGCCGAGCUGGCAGAUUCCUCGGACUUCAUGCCGCUGAUGGCCGUCAAGGACGAGCCCUUGUCUGAAGGAGAGCAGCAGCUGUUCCCUGGCGAAGACUCGAGCGACUCGUGCGGCGCUCCCGAGCCUGCCCCGCGGGCGAGUCCUAAGGGCUGGACGCAGCGCGACAUGGACAGCGCUUUGGACGCCCUCAGGAACCGCAACAUGAGCCUUACCAAGGCAUCAGCGACAUACGGCAUCCCGUCCACGACGCUAUGGCAGCGUGCGCACCGUCUGGGAAUCGACACGCCGAAGAAGGAAGGUGCGUCCAAGUCCUGGAGCGAAGCGGAUCUUCGUGGAGCCCUACACGCGUUGAGAGCCGGCGCUAUCUCGGCGAACAAAGCUAGUAAAGCAUACGGCAUCCCUAGCAGCACGCUGUAUAAGAUAGCGCGGCGCGAGGGCAUCCGGCUGGCGGCGCCUUUCAACGCCGCGCCCACGGCCUGGCGCCGCGCCGACCUCGAGCGGGCCCUGGCUUCCAUCCGCUGCGGCGCCGCUAGCGUGCAGCGCGCCGCUUCGCAGUAUGGCAUCCCUACCGGCACAUUGUACGGGCGGUGUAAGCGCGAGGGCAUCGAGCUGUCGCGGUCGAACCCCACGCCUUGGUCCGAAGACGCCAUGGGGGAAGCCUUGGAAGCUGUCAGGGUAGGCCAGAUGUCUAUCAACCAGGCCGCCAUCCACUACAACCUGCCCUACUCGUCGCUCUACGGCCGCUUCAAGAGGAUACACGCCGGCAGCAAGUUCCCCAUACAAAACCUCCCACCACAGCAGCAGGAUUUGCACAAAAACGUGGAGAUGGAUCACCAGGCGCCUCCUCCAGAAAUGUACUUCCAGCAGCCUCUACAGAACCACACACAAACGGACGACAACAGUGUCUUACAGAACCAGUACUACCAGAACAACACUAUGAAUGACGUUCCCAUGCACAAUAAUAUUCACGAACAGUAUUACACGGGGCAGGCGAUGUAUUACAACCAAAGUUGUAACGGUAUAGCGACCAGUUGAGAAUAUGAAUCGUCGUGAGUGUGUGCGCUAAUAAAGACUUCUUAGGUCCAGAACACACGGUGAAACGCAAUUGCAACGAAACUGAAACUUUUGAGUUGAAAGACCAGUUUGAAAUGGCCGCGUCAUGUGUGGUCUCUCAACGGAAUCUAUGGCAGAAACUUAGAUGCAACUCAAAAAUAACUAGAAGUGGCAGUUCCGUUGCAAUUGCGUUUCACCGUGUGUUCUGGGUCUUAGGGUGGACUUUUGUAAACCGCUGCCUUUAGUGUCGUCCAAGUGGAAUCUGUCAAUAGUGUUACGAAAGAAAAACCUAAAUGGGAAGCUGCUAAUUUGUUUUGAUAGGAG